GAAGAGGAUGGGGACGAUCCUCGGGAAGCAGCGCUACAACGAGGAGCCGGUCGAGCUCAUGCGCGAGACCAAGUACUUCUCGCAGUGGACGCUCGCCGACGUCCGCGACCUCUACGCCCGCUUCCGCAAGACGUGGGGCUUUGCCAUCACCGAGAGCCAACUCGAGUCGCUCAUCUUGCUCAAGCAACCGGACGCGGUUUCGAUCAAGGAGAUCUUUGCCAUCCUCGACGCGACGCGCGACGGCAAGCAAGACGGGCGCAUCGACGGCCUCGAGUUCAUCGGCGGCCUCACGGUCAUCUGCCAAGACACGUUUGAGGAGAAGGCGCGGUUUGCCUUUGAAGUCUUUGACUUCAACCUCAACGGAUCGCUCUCGCCCAUCGAGCUCGCGCUUCUCAUGCGGUCGUGCUACGGUGGGAUCACGAUCCUCACGGGCGGCUGCCUCGCGUCCGUACCGCCGAUCCCCACGUUUGUCCAGGUCGCCCAACAAGCGUUUGGGCGGUUUGACCGGGACCACAGCGAUGCGCUCAACUACGAAGAGUUUAUUGCGUGGGCGCGCAGCAACCGCGAGUUCAUGCUCUACAUGGACGCCUUCCGGCUCAUUUCCGAGACGGCCAAGGAGCGCGUGCCCGAAGCCGAGUGGAUUCAAGAGGCCAGCGACGACGACUCGGACAUUGAGGUCGAAUGCUGCGCCCCGCCGCCGAGCCCGGCGCCGCCAACGAAACCCACUACGAGCGCCUCUCCGUUCCAGCUCGAGCCGUGGAUGGUCGAGCCACUCAACCCAAAGCCCGCGCCGCGCCGUCUCCCGCCCGUCAACAUCUCCCUCGAGUGGGUGUACGGCUACCGCGGGUACGACGCCCGCAACAACGUACGGUACACGUGCCACGGCGACAUUGUCUACUCGGUCUCUCGCCAUGCGAUCGUGUACAACGCUGUCCGGCACGAGCAACGCUACUACGAGGGGCACACGAAUGCAAUUCUGUCGCUCGCCGUGUGCGCCAACGGCGACAAGGUCGCGACCGGUGACGUCGGCCCCAACUGCGCGAUCCACGUCUGGUCGCCGCUCUCGCUCGACUGCCUCUCGAUCUUGUCACAGUUUCACGACGACGGCAUUGCGCUCCUCGCGUUUGCACAGCGCUACGACACGCAGCUCGUCUCGGUGGGACUGGACCCGAACCACCGCAUCGCCGUGUGGGACUGGCCGUCGAAGAGCGUCGUCGCGUCCGGCAUUGGGUCGACGCGCAAAGCGCUCGCGGUCGCGAUCCACGACAAUGGCCAAGAAGUGGUCGUGGCCGGCGACAAGUCGCUCGAGUUCUUCUCGGUCGACAACCGCAUUUUGAAAAAGGAGCGCGCCGCGCUUAGUACCAUGGGCAUCUGGCAAGGGUUUCUCUCGGUGGUUUACUACCAGUCGUAUGUGAUUGUGGGGACAAGUCUCGGGCAGCUGUACCAGUUCCAGAACCGCCGGCUCGUCCGGACGACGCAAGCCCACCCGAUCAAGGAGUCGGUCAACUGCCUGUACGUGGCGCGUGCGUCGCUCUUCUCGGGCGGGAAGGACGGGACGAUCCACCAAUGGGACUCGACGCUGCAGACGAUUGGCCACCCGAUGGAUCUGAGUACAUUACCGCUUGCGCUCUCGGACUUUCGCAUCACAAGCCUCUGCUACAACUACAACGACGAGACGAACCAAGGAACGCUGCUGGUGGGUACCCGCUCGUGCAAGAUUCUGCAAGUAAACGAGGUCUCGGGCGCAGUGACCCUCGUCACUGCGUUUCAUCAGCACGAAGCUGUCUCGGGCCUCGCGACGACGCCCAAGCGCGCCGAGUUUGCGUCCUGCGGUCUGGACCGCGUCGUGCGACGUUGGAGUCUUCGGAAGCGCGAGCCGCUCACGAGCAUGCCGUUGCUCAUGUAUGCACCCGGGCAGUGCCUUGCGUACGCCACGAGCGGCGACUGGCUGGCCAUGGGCUGCUCGGAUGGCACGAUUGUGCUCUUGGACCAUAAGUGCACCAAGAUGCUGUGCAACUUUCGACAUGCGCGGGCCGCCAUUGUCGCGAUCCAGUGGGCCAACAAUGACCAGCUACUCGCGGCGUCCGGCGCCAACGGUCUCAUUUACGUCUACCGCGUCGAACCAACAACGGCGGCGACAUUCCGCCUCUGCCAGCAGUGCCUCCUCAAGCCCCUCGCAAACGAAGCCGCGGUCCCCGGGACCUCGCUCGACUUUUCCGUCGACAAUCGAUACCUUCAGAGCCAGCACGGCAGUAGUCUCCGCUUCUGGGACCUCCUCUCGGCGACGCGCGUCUCGGUCGUUCAGCACGUGCGCGAUACGCUCUGGAGUUCGUUUCGCAGUCGCAUUGGCUACUCGGUGCAGAUGCUGCAUGCAAAUCAUGACGAGAUUUCGGCGGCGUGCGUCAACCGCCACCAGACACUUCUUGCGGCCGUCACCCGCAACGGCAGCAUCGCGCUUCGCGCCUAUCCCGCGCUGGACAACCUCGCCAAAGGCGUCUUGGGCCACAGCCCGCACGACCUCGCGUUUCUCGGGUUUGCGCGCAACGACGGCCUCCUCGUGUCGGCCACGACUGCCGACCACUGCAUUUGCCAGUGGAAGAUCACAAAGGAGGCGGCCGACGAACAGCCGCGCCCCAAGCACGUCGUGUCGGCGGCUGAAGACCCGUGCGCAGACGCCCACCUCUUGCAGUGGACGCCGCCAAGCGAGCGCAGCCGACCCAACCCCGCCAUGGCCACGCUCUUAACACCGUCGUACUAUACACCGAAUCCGCACCACAAGGCGGAAGCUCCGGACCUGGACCUCGAGCUCGCCUACGUGCACGGCAUGAAUUGGAGUAAUGGCCGGGCCAUGCUCGGGUGCACCGACACGGGUGCGAUCGUCUACUCGGCGGCGACACUUGGCGUCGUGUUUGAGCCAUCGACCCGCGUCCAGUCGCGCUACGUGUACCACAAGCAGCGCAUCACGAGUGUGGCUGUGCAUCCGCUCGGCAAGGUCGUUGCGACCGGGUCGUUUUCCCAGCUCGUCAUCUGGGACGCCUCGUCGAUGGAGACGCUCGGCGUGCACGCCGUGAGUGCGCCCGUGCUCUUCUUAGCGUUCAAUGGCGCUGACCUCCUUCUGGCUGUCAUUGCCGACCGGUACCACUCGGUGGCGGCAUUUCUCUGGAAAGAGAUGCACCAGAUUGACGUGGCCCAAAACACUCUUGAGCGAGUGAUGGACGGUGCGUUUACGCUCGACGGCGCGUCGUUCGUCACGUGUGGCGUCAACCACAUUCGGUUUUGGACUGUCGAAAACCGAUACCACUUGACGUCGCAGCAAGGCGUGUUUGGCCGCGUCGCAUUGCGUCAGACGCUUCUCUGCGUCGCGACGGCCGGCGGCAACCUCACAGUCACGGGCUGCGAAGACGGGUCGCUGAUUCUAUGGGAGCACACGCACGCCGUCUGCGUCGUGCAAGCCCACUCGGCGCCGGUCAAGGUCGCCUUGUUCCACACCGCUCUCAAAACGCUCGUGACGGCCGCCUCGGACGGAUCGCUCCUCGUGUGGCAAGUGCCAUCGAAAGCGUCCGAGUCGCUUAUCCAAGCGGCGCGUUGGUCAACGGCAGCGUCGGCGUCGAUUGUCGGUGUCACCGCGCAUGACGUCACGCUCGUCAUUGUCACGGACGAGAGCCUCCUUAUUGCGCUCUCUCCUUCGUGUCUCGAGUGGCUCAUCACACCCAUGAUCGCGCUGCCGUCGGACGCGCGGCGCAGCGCUGAGCCGAAUGUGCUCCUGGCGUGGCAUGGCCUCGCGGUUGGAGCGAUUCGGGGGCUCGUGUGCCAUCCGACGCAAGCCAUGAUUGUGACGGCGGGUGACGACAAGACGCUGCGUCUCUGGGACCUCCACACGCACUUGCAGCUGCGCGCGAUGGUGCUGGCCUCGGCACCGACGGCGUUGGCCUACUCCCCGAUGCCCAUGGCCGACGACAAGAUCCAUUUGGCGGUCGCCUUUGCGUCCGGUGCGCUGGCGGUGCUCGACGCGGCGACGCUGGUGUCGCUGACGACAGUGGCGCUAAGUCACCACGCGUGUCGCGACGUCGAGUACGCACCCUGCGCCUCUGUCUUGGCGGUCGCCUGCCACGACGCCAAGAUCUACUUGGUCGCGAUCAAGGACAAGUUGUCGUAUACGCUCUCGAAAGUGUGCGAGUCGACGAUGCCAGGCCGCAGCCCGAUUGCGCACGUCGACUUCAACUUGGACUCUACGAUUUUGCGUAGCAACACGCUGGACCUCGAGUGCGCGUUCUGGGACGUGGCCACCGGUGCGCUCCUCGAGCACUCGGUCGCGGCCCGUGAGACGCAUUGGCACAGCUGCACGUGCCCUAGCAACUGGGCUCUCAUCGGCGCGUCUCAGGGGAUUCCACUCUCGUGCUCGGACCGCGUCCAGUCGGAGAAGCCCGGCGGCGCGUUCUCGUCGCAGCUGCCGGUGGUGGCCGUCGGGGACAUGCAAGGCCGCUUGCAGCUGCUGUGGUAUCCGUGCGUCGAGCGCAGUGCAGCGAAGACGUACUAUGGCCACGCCUCGCCACUGCACACGAUUCGCUUCAGCGCAAGGAACGCGUUUCUCCUGAGCCUCGGCAGCUUUGAUCGGACGCUCUUUGUGUGGCGCACCGACUUUGCCGACGAGAUCAAGGAGCGCGCGUCGCUCACGGCGCCUGACGCGAGCGCCACGAAAGCGCACGCGGCGCUAGUCUCGGACGAGCGGCUCCUCAGCCACGCGUUUGACACCGCCAAGAAGGACGGCGGCGACGAGUUCCUCGCUGUCAAGCCCUGGCUGGGCGCGAUCCGCGAGCCAAGUGGGUGGACGGUGAAACCAGAUGACGGCGAUGCACCCAGCGGCAACCUCGACUUGGUGUUUGUGCACGGGUACCGCGGCUUUGAUACGCGCAACAACCUCCGCUUUGGCGCCGAUAGCUCGAGCUGCAUUUACCACACGGCGGCGCUCGGCGUUGUCUACAACAAGCAGACGCACCGGCAGAUCUUUCACUACGGCCACACCAACGACAUUCUCUGCCUCGCGGUGCACCCCGAGGGCCACUUGGUCGUGAGUGGCGAGGUCGGGAAGAGCCCCAAGUUGAUCUUGUGGGAUGCCAACAGCGGGUCGAGCCUCUGUACGAUGGCGGGGUUUCACCGACGCGGCGUCGCGCUCGUCGCGUUCAACGCGACGGGCGACCUCAUUGUGUCACAUGGCAUGGACGACGACCACAGCCUCGCUCUCUACUCGCUCCAGGGCAAGCUCGUCGCGUCCUGCUCGGCUUCGAAACAAAAAAUUCUCUGCCUCGAUGUGCUCGCCAGUGACGGAGUCAGCGUCGGCGAAAAGACUGUGCUCUUCUGGAGCUUGUCCCAGACUACGAUUUCCCUCAAGAAAGGUAGCUUUGGCAAAGGCGACAGCCGCGGCACGGUGCUCGCUUGCAUCUUUGUGCUCAACGACGCGGUGACGGGCCAAGCCGACGGAUCGCUCUACCGCUGGAAAGGCCGGGGCGUCAGCACCGUCCUCGCCCACGCCCACGAGGGCGCGAUCAACUGCCUCUUGCACGAUGUCAAGGCCAAGAACGUCGUGUCUGGCGGCCGCGACGGGGUCGUGCGGCUCUGGAGCUACAGCCUCGAGCCGCUCCUCUCGUUUGAUCUGCGCAAAGCGUCUUUGGCAUCCUCGUCCAUGAAGCCCCGGGAGAAGGAUCGGUCCUGGACUCUCAACGGCAGCGUUCGUAGUCUCAGUGUGGCGGACGGGAAGCUGCUACUGGGCACGCAAGGCUGCGAGAUCUGCGAAGUCGACUUGGCCGACAUUCGGGCCAAGAAGGACGCGGUCGUGACCAAGUUUAUCGAAGGCCACGCCGGCGGCGAACUCUGGGGCCUCGCACCGCACCCGGAGAAGCAGCAGUUUGUCACGGCGGGCGACGACGGCACGGUCCGGCUCUGGGACGGCCCCAACCGAACGCUCCUCGCCAAGCAGUCGAUGCCCAAGAAAUGGCGCGCGGUCGCCAUGUCACCCGAUGGCACCCACAUUGCCGUCGGCGCCAACGACGGCUCGGUGGUCGUGCUCAAGGAAGCUCUGGACGGCGACGUUGUCGCGGACCUGCGCGUGAGCCUCAAGGCCAUCUCGGUACUGCGGUACGCGCCGGACGGCAAGACGCUCGCGGUCGGUAGCCACGACCAGCGCAUCUACCUGUUCGCGGCGCCGGCGUACACCAAGCGUUGUGUGUGCAAAGGCCACAGCAGCUACAUCACAGCACUCGACUUUUCGUCGGAUGCCAACUACCUCCAGAGCAACUGCGGCGCAUACGACCUCCUCUUUUGGCAAGCCGACAAGGGCAAGCAGGUCACGAGUGCAAAUGCACUGCGCGACGUCAAGUGGGCCACGUGGACAUGCACUUUGGGCUGGCCCGUGCAAGGUAUUUGGCCCAAGGGCGCCGACGGCACCGACGUCAACGCCACGGCGCGCGCGUCAUCGCAAAGAGACCUCCUCACGGUCGACGACAAUGGCCACGUGAACUUGUUCCGGUACCCGUGCGUCGCGGCGCACGCGACCGCCAAGACGUACCUCGGGCACUCGUCGCACGUGACCAACUGCGCGUUUACCAAGGGCGACAUGUUUGCGAUCUCGACGGGCGGCCUCGACAAUGCCAUUUUCCAGUUCAAAUACGCCGACAAGUAAAUGCAAAAUACACACAGCUUUGGCUGACGCGAGGCCCGUUCGACGUCAUCUUCAAUGUGGCGAACCGCGCCGAAGUGGCACGACAUAUUUCAUUGAGUGUGCACCGCUUGUCGCGCCAAGAUUUGAACGCCUGUCUCGUGUCUCUGCACCAUGGACGACGUCGCCGACAAAGGACGUUCUGCCGCCCACUCGCCUGUACGCCGUCGCUACCGCGUCACGACGACGUCCCAUCCUCUUCCUACGUCGAAUCGACACCGCUCGUACCAAGGUACGAUGAUGGCGGCGCCAA